AUGCGAAGUCCCGAUGGGGAGUUUGAAGAAGGUGUUUGCCCUCUAACCAUGGCCAAGGAGCAGGCCAUGAAAAAAGUCCUGAAACGGCUCUACGGCAAAAACCCCUGGAAAAAUGUCCUCUCAAUCGGAGAUUCCGUUACUGAGAAGACCGCCAUUACGGAGCU